UCCAUGUCCAUCAUAUCGUCGUAUAUAAAACCUUAACCCCGUGAAAACAAAGUCUCAAAAUCAGUCAUAAUCAACACCACCCCCGCAGCCCCACUCUCGAGAAAAAGUGUACCUUUGCUUCACUCUCUAAACCAAACCAAACCAAAAGUCUUGGUCUUUAUUAUAUGUAGAAUCCCUUAGUCCUUAAGUUCUUUGUAUAGUCAAUCAAUAGUCAGUCAGUCAACCAACCAACAUACAUACAUACAUGGGUCAUGUCAGCGACAACAUUGAUGUAAUGGGUGCUCUUGCGAUCACUGACCUGAGUUCAGAUGAUCAGUCGGAUUUGGCCCAAACCCAGUUGCACAGAAUCGAAAAAGAUCCCAGAACAAUUGCUAGAAGGUACCAACUUGAAUUAUGUCAAAAGGCUUUAAUGGAGAACAUUAUAGUGUAUUUAGAAACAGGAUGUGGCAAGACCCACAUUGCUGUUUUGGUUAUUUAUGAGACCAUGUGCUUGAUGAAGAGGCCCAAAAAGGACGUCUGUAUUUUUCUUGCUCCAACGGUAGCUCUCGUUGAGCAACAAGCGCAGGUUAUAAAAGAAUCUAUUGAUGUAACAGUCGGAAUCUACUGUGGGAGUUCAAAACGUUUGAAGGGUCAUCAUGAUUGGGAGAAGGAAUUGGAGAAAUUCGAGGUUCUUGUCAUGACUCCGCAAAUUCUAUUACAUAAUUUAUCACAUUGCUUAAUUAGGAUUGAACAAAUUGCCCUUUUGAUAUUCGAUGAGUGCCACUAUGCACAAGUUGAAAGCAAUCAUCCUUAUGCUGAAAUCAUGAAGAUAUUUUACAAACCAGAUGUUGCUAAACUUCCUCGUAUAUUUGGCAUGACUGCAUCACCAAUAUUUGGGAAAGGUGCUUCCAUUGGUAGUCUUGAGACCUUACUUCAUGCAAAGGUUUAUACUGUUGAAUCCAGGGAAGAACUAGACCAAUUUGUGUCAUCUCCAAAAGUUAAUAUCUAUUAUUAUGGCACUGCCUCAAAUACUACAUGUGACCGUCAUGUUAUUCUUUCUGGAAGACUUGAAACAAGAAAGGCAGAGUGUAUGUUGACUUGGAUCACGAAAAUUGAGGAUCCUUCUAUUCGCAAGAACACCAAACAGGCACUCCAGCGUCUUCAUGGCAAUCUAUUGUUUUGUCUGGAAAAUCUAGGCUGUUGGGGUGCAUUACAAGCUUGUCGGAUUCUAUUAAAAGGUGAUCUUAUUGAGAGAAACGAAGUUAUUGAGGUAGAUGAGCAAGGAAGUGAUGAUGUUCUGUGUUGUGGUUAUCUAUCUCAAGUUGCCGCCGACUUAACCGCCGAAUGCAAAAAAGAUUAUGGUAUUGAAGCAAAUGGCACUGAAGCUGAUUUAUCAGCGGUGGAGACUUUGGGAGUUCCCUUUUUCUCAUGGAAGCUCUUAAGACUCGUGGGAAUUCUUUCCAAAUUUAGGGCACAGCCGGAUAUGAAAUGUAUUAUAUUUGUAAAUAGAAUUGUAACAGCUAGAUCAUUGGCAUACAUCCUUCAGCAACUUAGACUUUUGUCGGCAUGGAGGUGCAGCUACCUAGUAGGAGUUCACUCUGGACUGAAGAAUAUGUCACGGAAGACCACAACUGCCAUUCUCGAGAAGUUUCGUUCCGGUGAGCUAAAUUUGCUAGUAGCAACUAAAGUGGGCGAAGAAGGACUUGAUAUCCAAACAUGCUGCCUUGUUAUAAGAUUUGAUCUUCCUGAAACCGUUGCCAGUUUCAUACAAUCGAGAGGACGUGCACGGAUGCCACAAUCUGAAUACGCAUUUUUGGUGGACAGAGGAAACCAAAAGGAGCUGAGCUUGAUACAGGUUUUUCAAAAGGAUGAAGCCCAGAUGAACAAUGAAAUAUCUUCACGGACAUCUAUGGUAACAGAUGUUGAUUUUCAGGAGAAAACUUAUAAAGUGGAUUCAACGGGUGCCAUCAUUAGCUCUGGAUCUAGUGUGUCCCUUCUUCAUCGAUAUUGCUCAAAACUACCACGCGAUGAAUUCUUCAACCCUAAGCCACAGUUUUUUUAUAUGGAUGAUGCUGAUGGAACAGUUUGCUGCAUAAUUCUUCCUGCUAAUGCUCCAAUAUACCAAGUUACAAGUACGCCUCAACCGUCAAUCGAGGCAGCAAAGAAAGAUGCUAGUUUGAAAGCAUGCCAACAAUUGCAUGAAUUGGGUGCUUUGACACACUAUCUCUUGCCUGAUGAUGAAGUUGAUGGUGAAAAUCAAGAUCCUUUGGAUUCAGAUAGCGAUGAUGAAGAAAAUUCACGAAGAGAGCUCCAUGAGAUGCUUGUACCAGCUGCCCUUCGAGUUCCAUGGACUAAGGUCGAACAUAAAACACUCCGUCUCAACUCGUAUUUCAUCAAGCUUAGCCCUUCGCCCGCUGAUAGACUUUACAAAAAAUUUGGUCUAUUUCUAAAAGCUCCCAUCCCUCAAGAGGCAGAAAGAAUGAGCCUUGAUAUCCAACUGGCUCGUGGUCGAUCUGUAUUGACUGAGCUUGUCCCUUGUGGCGGUUCAGAAUUUAAUGACGAUAAGAUUGUGCUAGCAGAGAGGUUCCAAGAGAUGUGGCUGAAGGCCAUAAUAGACAAGUCAGAAUUUACCACAGAUUUUGUUCGAUUGGGUAAAGAUGAUGUCAAAGAUGAUGUCAGCAAUUCAUCCUUGACAUUCUACUUAUUGCUACCCGUGACCACAGAUGAACACGUACGAACAAUGACUGUGGACUGGAAGCUCAUUACAAAAUGUUUGUCAUCACCAAUUUUCAAAAAUCCAGAAUAUAUCAAGUGUGAUCAAACAUCGGACUUGAACAAUUGUUUGUAUCUCGCUAAUGGGCCCACACAGAUCAAUGACAUAUUGGAUAGUUUGGUAUAUGUCCCUUGCAAGGAUAUUUUUUACUUUGUUUCGGAUUAUCUUUCUGGAAGAGAUUCUUUUAGUAAAUUUAAAGAUGAAACAAGAUAUGUCGACCACUAUGCUGAAGCAUUUAAAAUGAGUUUUAAGCACCCCAACCAGCCUCUUCUGAAAGCAAAGCAACUGUUUCGUUUGGACAACUUGCUGCGAAAGAGAGGAAAUGCAGAACCACGAGAAAAAGAGGAGCACUUUGUGGAGUUACCUCCUGAAAUAUGCGUACUGAAAAUCGUGGGAUUUUCAAGGGACAUUGGAAGUACACUCUCUUUAUUGCCUUCAGUUGUACACAGAUUAGAAAGCACUCUUGUUGCCAUCGAAUUGAGACAUAGGUUAUCUGCUUCAUUCUCUGAAGGGUCAAAAGUUUCUGCAGAGCGUAUUCUUGAAGCACUUACAACCGAGAGAUGCAAUGAGCGCUUUUCCCUUGAGAGGCUUGAGGUUUUGGGUGAUGCGUUCCUUAAAUUUGCAGUUGGCAGACAUCUUUUCGUAUCAAACCCCUCCCUUGAUGAAGGACAACUUACUCGGAGGCGUUCAAAUAUGGUUAUGAAUUCGCAUUUAUUCAAGUUGGCAUUAUCAAAGAAUUUACAAGCUUAUAUACGUGAUCAACCGUUUGAGCCUUCCCACUUUUACCCUUUUGGUCGAAGAUGCUCAGUGAUAUGCACUGACAGCACGAGAUUAAGCAUCCAUUCUUCACAUGAGAGCAAUUUGAAGACAGGUGCAAACACUGAAGUUAGAUGCAAUAAAGGUCAUCACUGGUUACAGAAGAAAGCUGUGGCGGACAUUGUGGAAGCUCUUGUUGGAGCCUUUAUAGUUGAAAGUGGUUUCAAAGCAGCAAUUGCAUUUCUUAAAUGGAUUGGUAUUCCAGUGGACUUCAGAGGCUCAGAUGUCGCUGACAUAUGUGCUUCAAGCACAACAUUUACCUUUCUUAGUGCUCAAGUUGACACUCCUGCCCUUGAAGAGCUUUUGGGAUAUCGAUUUCGGCAUAAGGGUCUUCUCUUUCAGGCAUUCUUACAUCCAUCCUACCAUAACAAUUUUGGUGGCUGCUAUCAGAGAUUGGAGUUUCUUGGAGAUGCUGUGUUGGAUUACUUGAUCACGUCUUAUCUUUAUUCGGUAUAUCCAAACUUGAAGCCUGGUCAGUUGACUGAUUUAAGGUCCUUUUCAGUCAACAAUAAUUCUUUCGCGGGUAUUGCUGUAAGUCGAUCUUUCUACAAGUAUCUGCUAUGUGAUUCUAGUAGUUUGACCCAGGCAAUGAAUAAGUAUGCCGAAUUCUUUAUGACUACUUCGCCAGACAACGGUUUGGUUGAAACAGUAUCAUGUCCUAAGGCUCUUGGUGAUUUGGUAGAAUCGUCUGUGGGAGCCAUUCUACUUGAUUCUGGAUUGAAUUUGGAGGUGGUUUGGAACACAAUGAUUUCGUUUUUGGAUCCUGUCAUGAAAUUUUCAGCUUUGCAGCUUAAUCCCAUUAGAGAACUUCAGGAACUUUGUCAGUUUUAUGAUUGGGAAUUGACAUUUCCUUCAGUGAAGAAAGACAGGAUGUUCUUGGUUAAUGCUGUCGUUGAAGGAAAAGAAGUUAGUGAGACUGCUUGUGCUACCAAUUCUAAUAAAAAAACCGCCAAGAAAAUAGCUUGUCAAAUAGUGUAUUUGUCAUUGAAGGACAAGGGCUACAAGACAAAGAUGAAAACUUUAGAGGAAGUAUUGAGAUCGAGUGUAAAGAUGGAAGCAAAGUUGAUUGGAUAUGAUGAAAUACCAACAGAUAUAGAUGUUUUGUAUGCCAAUCAAGUUAAAGACUUGACCACGAUUGGAGUUAGAAGUUCCCAAGAAGGGCAUUCCCGUUCUAUAAACUCUGUGAAAAGCAAUAGCAGAAUUAAACGUAUGGUGCAGCCCACACCUCAAUGCAGUUCUUCUGGCAGCAAUACUGAUAGCAAUUCACAAGCACCUGCAGAAAUUGCAGGUGAUGCAUUGCGCAAGCCAUCAGCAAAGUCACAUUUGUAUGAAAUCUGUGCUAUCAACUGUUGGAAACCCCCAUUGUUCGAGUGUUUUGAAGAAUUAGGACCAGCCCACCUUAAACAGUUUGCAUUCAAAGUUACUGUAACAAUCGAAGAAGCCUCAAAUACAAUCUUGGAGUGCAUUGGAGAUCAUCGGGCUAAAAAGAAAGAUGCAGCUGAGUUUGCAGCUCAAGGCGCAAUUUGGUACUUGAAGCAAACCGGGUACUUAAAUAACUAGGACCUGGUACUCCAUUCAAUCACCAUAUGCAUAUAUCAUCCACUUUAAUCGCAGUAUCUGUCUCUAACCAUUGGGCAUCCAUAGUAUAGAGCUCUGUAUAUGUACAGAAACACUAUUUUUGAACUCGUAUUCUAACCUUGAAUACAAUAAAAUUAUACUGUGAUGUGUUACCUCUAUAUUAGAAGCCGUUGUUUUCGUUUUUUCAUGGAUAUUUUCCGGUUUUGUGGCAUAUCCGUAGAUAUGUUUUGUUUAUCUUUUGGUAGGUUUUCUAGAUUUAUGUAUUGGAAAAGUUGAGUGUUGUGGCUCGAGUUGAUUACGCAUUUUAUUAUGUAUCGAGUACUUGACCCAGAUUUCGAGUUAAAGUAACUAGUGUAUCAACUUCGAGAUAUUAAUAUUAAUAACUUUGAGCUUUGAGUAAA